UGAACCACCACCCCUUGCUCGAAGGGAAUGGCGGGCGUCAGGGCUUGGUCCUCGCCUGCCGUUUCCCUCCGAUCUUCAUGAAUAUUCCUUCAGUGGUUCCACCCGCGUCCUUUGGUGUCGGCGCUCACUGGAGGCUUCAGCCCACUCGUGGGAGCAGCCCGCACGGACUCACGGAGCACUCACGGGGAUAGACAGAUACUGCAGCUGUAGCCCCUUUGAAGGCCAGACUCGCCUGUUUGCAAUCAGCUUCUCGGGUUGCAACCUUAACCUUCCAUCCCGUAGCCCACGCCCCAGCCAGGUGGCCACCCAGAGGGCUCUGUGAAUAUGGCCAAGGAACAGCAUGGGACCUGGUUUGGCUUUGGUUUUUGCGGCUUUGGGCAAGUGCUGGGCUCUGGGGAUGGGCGCCAUUCGGUGCACAGUCCCGAGCCACUGUGUGCCAGUGAGGACGUUUGCCGAGUGAGUGCUAGCUGGAGCUACACCGCCCUGGUGACCCGUGGAGGCCGGGUGGAGCUGUCAGGCUCUGUGAACAGCUCAGCAGAUGGCUGCCGGGAUGCGUGGGCUUCCGAGGGACUCCUGGUGGUGUUGCGUGACAAGGACGGGUCCAGCACAGAGCUGCGGGCCUGGGCGCCAGGCUCGGCACUGCAGGGGGAGCCCCUCUGGGUCCAGAACCUGGUUUCUGGGGCAGAGGAGGAAGAUGAACCCUGCAGUGAGACUAGGGUGGGUACCCUACCCCUGCUGCCCAGUGCCCAUGCCUACGUGAACCCGCAGCCCCCCUUCUGCCAGCCUUUGGCCCCAGAGCUGCGCGUGCGCCAGCUGGAGCUGGGUGCCGAGCAUGUGCUGAUGCUGUGUGAAGCCGGUCAGGUGUUCUCCUGGGGUGGAGGCAGGCACGGACAGUUGGGCCACGGGACGCUGGAGGCGGAGCCGGAGCCGAGGCUGUUGGAAGCCCUGCAAGGCCUCCGGAUGACUGAGGUGGCUGCGGGUGGCUGGCACUCUGUGUGUGUGAGUGAAACUGGGGAUAUUUAUAUCUGGGGCUGGAAUGAGUCAGGGCAGCUGGCCCUGCCCAUAAGGAACCCUACAGAGGACAAGAGAGUGAGUAGAGCAGCCACAGAAUUGAAUGAAGAUUGUCUCAAAGAAGAGGAAGCAGCUAUGACUGAUGUUUGGGCUCCUGCCCCCUUCAUAGCCAUCCAGCCCUUCCCAGCUCUACUGGAUCUUCCCAUGGGCUCAGAUGCAGUCAAGGUCAGCUGCGGAUCCCGACACACAGCCGUGGUGACACGAACAGGGGAACUCUAUACCUGGGGCUGGGGUAAAUAUGGACAGCUUGGCCACAAGGACAGCAGCAACUUGGACCAACCCUGCCGUGUGGAAUACUUCGCUGAAAAACAACUCCAAGUAAGGGCUGUCACCUGUGGACCCUGGAACACUUAUGUGUAUGCAGUGGAGAGAGAAGAAAUCUGACAUAUGUCAUGUGAACCCCCAGGUUGCUAAUGGAGCCUAGGUGAGAAUGAACUGUCACAAGUACAUGCCAACAUAAGUUUAGAGACAGGGAUGCAGAUCCCACUUCAGAGUUAAAGGUGCAUGACUCCAAGAUAAAAACCAAUGUUACAAAGCAUGUAGGAAAGAGCUGAACAUGUAUAUAAAUGUUUAUUUUUGGAGCAAUGCUAGGGAUCAACAGAACCCUAGACUUUCUGUGUGCUGGACAAGCGUCAAUAGCUAAGCUAUAUAUAUACCCUAGCCCAGCUUCACUAGUUGCAAAAUGAGAAAAUACCUGAAUAAAAUAGUGUUACCCAAAUGAGAAAGACUCUUAAUCAAUAGAGCAAAGCAACAAUUGAUUUGGAGAAAAAAGUUUUCCAAAGGUAACUAUAUACAUUUUAUUUUAAUAAUAUAUUUAAAAAGAGAACAUAUAUAUUU